GCAGCACAGCACCGGGCGGGAUCACGCUGUCACUGAAGAAGGGGGCGCUGCAAAGAGAAGAGCCGUUCCGGAAUCUGUAGCGUUCCGGUUUUUACCUACUCCUCAGAUAGAUUACUGUCAAUGCACAUAGCACCUUUCCCCAUUUCGCACAUCACAGGGGGGCGGGGCCGGGCGCCCGCUUCGGUUACAGCUGCUACAGUAUAUCCGGAUAAGAUGGCGGCGCCCUCUGUGCUUUGGAGGCGGCUCCGGGGUCCCGGGCUUAUGGCUCUACUUGCCCGCCUCUGGGGCUGGGACCGUGCGGCCAGGUCUCUGUAAGAAUACUCGUAUGCCUAUCCUGGGACAGUAUGACUGAGGCGCAGUCUAAUGGCCGUGAGGGAAAGCAGUUGUCUACCUGCUCUGGUCUGGUGGACCCCUGUGUUUCUUUUGGCUCCACUUGUGGCUCCUACAGUCCCGCCAGCCCCUGCCCAGUGUCCUCCUUUUGGUUAUGUAUGCAGGGGCACGCACAGAUUCCAAUGGGUGGGGAACCUGGUUCCAGAGUUUGGAAUAUCAAGUACAAAAGUGAAGAUUCUUUCCACUCCCUCCGAGUUCUACCAAGUCAUGAAAACACAGGUGAAAAUUGCCAAGAAGCGAAUCAUCCUGGCAUCACUGUACCUUGGCACAGGCCCCCUGGAACAAGAGCUGGUGGAUUGCAUAGAGGAGACGCUGCACAGCUCAGGCUCGUCUGACCUACAAGUUUCUAUCCUGCUGGACUUCACCAGAGGAUCCCGGGGUACAAAGAAUUCCCGCACUAUGUUGCUGCCUUUGCUGCGCAGAUACCCAGAACGUGUGCGCGUAUCUCUCUUCCACACGCCAAACCUGCGGGGACUCCUGCGUAUGCUUGCACCCGAGAGAUUCAAUGAAACCAUUGGCCUGCAGCACAUGAAGGUCUAUCUGUUUGAUGACAAUGUCAUACUUAGUGGGGCGAACCUGAGUGACUCUUACUUCACCAACCGCCAGGACCGGUACAUUUUGCUCCAGGGAUGCUCAGAGGUAGCAGAUUUCUUUAGCGAGUUGGUGGGAGCUGUCGGAGACGUUUCUCUUCAGCUGCAUCCAGAUGAUUCAACUCAAAUAGAAGAAAUGAUGGUGCAUCCAUAUGAAGGUGAUAAAUCCAGGUACUGUGACACUGCAAGGAACAGAGUAAUGGAAGUUAUAGAGAUGGCACGACGCAAGCAAUGUGAUCUACGCAGCACCAGCUUCCAGAGCAGGGAUACUGACUCUGAAAUAGACCCUCCAGAUACCUGGGUUUACCCACUAGUGCAAAUGAAGCCAUUUGGCAUCCAGAUAGAUGAGCUAGUCACAGAGACAUUGCUCACUGAGGCUGAAAGAGGGGAUCACCUACAUCUGACCACUGGAUAUUUUAACCUGACACAGGGCUAUAUGGACCUAGUACUCGGUACACGAGCUAACUAUAACAUUCUGCUGGCGUCACCAGAAGUGAAUGGCUUCUAUGGGGCCAAGGGUAUUGCAGGUGCUAUACCGGCUGCUUAUGUGCACAUAGAGCAUCAGUUUUAUAAUGCAGUGCGUAGGCUUGGACAAGACCAGCGAGUCAAGCUCAGAGAGUACUUCAGAGACCAUUGGACGUUUCAUGCUAAAGGUCUGUGGCUGUAUCCUGCAGGUAAAGACAUGCCCUGCCUUACCCUCAUCGGAUCUCCAAACUUUGGGUACAGAUCAGUUCACCGGGAUUUAGAAGCCCAAAUUGCCCUAGUGACCGAGAGUCCAGACUUGCAGCAGCAGCUCCAUGAGGAGCAGCUGCAUUUGUACAACCGAUCAACUGAAGUGACGCCUGCUACCUUCCAGCACCAGAGCCGCUACGUGAAGCUUUGGGUGAAGUUGGUAACGCCGCUGAUAAAGAAUUUUUUUUGAAUCUCUGGCGGCAUUUGCAAGUGGGGCAGUAGGCAGCAGUGACAAAUAUGCACUGGAUAUGCAAACAUUCCCGGUCUCACGAAGAGCCACUGAGAUACCUUUUCAUGGGUUUAUUUAUUUCCCAAGUCUCCAUGUUCAAGAGAGGUCCUGAGGAAGCCGCCUUCCUCUCUGCCAACGCAAGUUUUCCUGGGAAAGUUUCUUCCUGAUCUCCUGACGAGAACUGUUAUACUAAUAAUAUAAAGAGCUAUUCAAUAACACUAAGUCAAUAAAGCAAUAAACAUUGGUUUUGUGUUUUUCUAUAAUGACAUCAUCUAGCCAGCUUGCUAUAGACAUUGCUGUCAUUUUGCUAAAAGUCACCUAGACCAGUGGUCCCCAAACUCUGUCCUUAAUGUUCCCUGACAGGUUUUAAGGCUAUCUAUGUGUAAGCACAGAUGGUUAAAUUAAACUGAGGUACCAGUUAAGCGACCUAUACUCAAGCAUGAAUAGCCUUAAAACCUGGACUGUUAAGGAUGCCUUGAGGCCAGAGUUUGGGAACACAUGACAUAGACACAAUUGUAGCUAAAUUCAUAUUUUUAAUGUCUAGAUUUGUACUCUAAAAGAGUGCAAUUUGCAAAGUUUAACCCUAAUAUUAAACAACAUCACCUAAAAAUGCUUAGAAAAGAUUACAACAGUUAAGAACAAAAUGCACUAAAAUAUUACUGGGUGUGGUAUGGAAGGUAGAUACAGGUUGAGUAUCCCAUAUCCAAAUAUUCCGAAAUACGGACUUUUUUGAGUGAGAAUGAGAUAGUGAAACCUUUGUUUUUUGAUGGCUCAAUGUACAUAAACUUUGUUUAAUACACAAAGUUAUUAAAAAUAUUGUAUUAAAUGACCUUCAGGCUGUGUGUAUAAGGUGAAAAUGAAACAUAAAUGAAUUGUGUGAAUGUACACACACUUUGUUUAAUGCACAAAGUUAUAAAAUAUAUUGGCUAAAAUUACCUUCAGGCUGUGUAUAUAAGGUGUAUAUGAAAAAUAAAUGCAUACUGUGCUUAGAUUUAGGUCCCAUCACCAUAAUAUCUCAUUAUGGUAUGCAAUUAUUCCAAAAUACGGAAAAAUCCCAUAUCCAAAAUACCUCUGGUCCCAAGCAUUUUGGAUAAGGGAUACUCAACCUGUAGUAACUAGGUCGACAGUGUCUAGGUCAACCACUAUUGGUCGACAGGGUCUCUAGGUCGACAGGUCAAAAGGUCGACAUGAGUUUAUUUUUGCUGACGUUUUCUUCGUAGAGUGACCGGGAACCCCAAUUAGUGCACCGUGUCCCCCAUGGCUUCGCUUGUCAUGCUUCGUGCAAGGUUACCGUUCCGAUCGUACUGUAGUCCAUGUGGAUCAUUAAGUAUGAAAAGGUUCAAAACAAUAAAAAAAAAUCAUGAAAAACUCUUGUCGACCUUUUGACCUGUCGACCUAGUUACUGUCGACCUAGACACCGGAUCCCAAUAUUACUAUGAAAAAAAGUCAAAGGGCUACAGAGAACCACUUGUGGAGCCUAAACAAUGCUUCGACAUGGCUGCUGGUGUGGAAGAAGAUAGGUUAUUGCAUCAUAACAGAAAAGUGAUUAGAGCCUACUAACUGCUGAUGUCGGACAGACUUCUACAUGUAACAAAGUUUAAACUUAUUAAUGCCACCGUACUAAUUUGUUGGCUAUGGAAAUGUAGAACACUCAACUCUUUUGGAAACCUUAUACUAUACGGUAGCUUUCUGUUAUUGGAAUAGUAACUCCACUGUAUUUAUACAAUCGGAAUGAUUCCUGUGUGAAUUCUUAUGUAUUUAAUUCCAAACUGUCUUUCAUAUGUAGCUAAUAAAAUAUUAUUGAACAAUU